GAAGUAAACAGUAAUCACGUUACAACCCGGAAGAAUUGCCGUUUCUCUGAUUAACGUUUGAAUAGACAAGAAUGAGCGAUUUAUCUGGUGAAGGAACGAUUAAACGCGAUGCUGCGGACACCGUGCAGCCUCUGACCGCCACAUCAGCGUCCUAAUCCGCGGCUCCGGAGCCAGAGGCGGCGGAGAGUGAGCAGCUACGCCCUGCUGCCAGCGGCCGCCCCACACCGUCUCUGUGUUUACAAAUCGGCCGAAGAGAAGCUGUUUUUCCCCGCAGUGAGUCGGUAGCUAGCCGUGUUUCAGACGGAGGAACAAACAUGGCUGAAUUGCAGGUAGUGGAGCCGAGCAGCACCAGCACCAUCGAGCAGCCGGAGCACCGCGACGUCCGCGGCUCGGUCCGCCUGGCGUCGCCCACCCUGCUGGUCCCUCCGCGGGGCAGCCAGCUCAGCCCCGCCGGGGUGUCGAGCGGCAGCGGCGGCCGCUCCGUGUUCGGCUUCCCGGGGAAGAGCAGCCCGAGCUCCCCGUCCGAACCGGCAGACAAACCGGGCUCCCGCUGGGUCCGGCUCAACGUCGGCGGGACCUACUUCAUCACGACCAAACAGACGCUGUGCCGGGACCCGAAGUCGUUCCUGUUCCGACUGUGUCAGGAAGACCCGGACCUGGACUCCGAUAAGGAUGAGACAGGAGCCUACCUGAUUGACAGGGACCCCACAUACUUCGGCCCCAUCCUGAACUACCUUCGGCACGGGAAGCUGAUCAUGGACAAGAACCUGGCAGAGGAAGGCGUCCUGGAAGAAGCAGAGUUCUACAACAUCGCGUCUCUGGUUCGGCUGGUCAAAGAGCGGAUACGGGACAACGAGAACCGGACGUCUCAGGGUCCUGUGAAGCACGUGUACCGAGUACUACAGUGCCAAGAGGAGGAGCUCACACAGAUGGUCUCAACCAUGUCGGACGGCUGGAAGUUUGAGCAGCUCAUCAGUAUCGGCUCCUCCUAUAACUACGGUAACGAGGACCAGGCUGAGUUUCUAUGUGUCGUUUCUCGGGAACUCAACAACUCCACCAACGGCAUCGUCAUCGAGCCCACCGAGAAGGCCAAGAUCCUGCAGGAGCGAGGCUCGCGGAUGUGAGGAGUUCUGCUCGCUGAGCUCAAUAACACUUAACCAACAAAACAAAACAAUAACAUGAACAUCUUCUCCACGAGUUUACCCUCCUCCUCCUCCUCCCUCCAACCGCCUUCAUCAUCAUCACCAUCAGCCUGGUCCGUCCUCCUCUGGUGUGCCUUUCCACAGCGGGGCUCCCGUCCUCUCCUCCUCCUCCUCUUCCUCCUCCUCCCUCCGUCCGGCUGUGGACCUCUUCGGUUUAAAGGGAUUUACAAGUGAGUGUUUCUCCUCAUAGCAGCUGUUUGAUGGUCAGUGUCUCCGCGGCGGCGCAGUAAUGUCAGUGGAGAGCUUCUAUAGAUCAUCUUCAUCGUUUAUCAUCGUCACGUUUAGCAGAAAUCUCCUCAGGACUCUCAAGGGACAUAAAGGAACGAACACGGCUCUGACGAGCCUCCUCUGACUCCUCUGAGGCGCCAGGCCGCCGCGUGGAGGGCGAGCGGCUGCAUCGCUCGCCGAAUCUUUAGAAAACAUCACAAACAGGCGUCCUGCCGCUGGAACACCGCGGCGGCGUCCUCCUGGCUCCUGCUCCUGGGCUCCAUUUGGUCCGGAAAGUUUCAAAAGACUCAUAAAAAAAAAAAAAAAAAGAAAAAAGACUACACCUGUGUACAAUUUGUCAAGGCAUGUGAGGAAUCUAUAUGAAUCUAUAUAGGCUACAUGAUGAAAUUAUAUGAAAUGCAAAUGGUGUAAUUACUGAUUUCUGUAUCAUAGUUGUCAUAUAUUUACAUAUUCUUGGUGGGUGAGUCUAUUUAACAGUGACGGAGAUGAUAUCAUUUUUUCCUGAAGGUUCCCGUGGCUGAAAUAUCACCUCGUUCUCUCAGCUGCACGUUUUCUGUCGUGUUCCUCAACAAAAAAAAAGCAAAAGGUUUCCUCUUCGAUAUCCUACUUUGAUCUCUUGCAUAUCUUAAAAUUGUAAUUAAGGAUAAAGGAAAACUGUCGUGGCGGGAUUUGGACCGUGGCCAGUGUGCACGUUGCCUCAAACCC